AAAAAUACAUUGACAAUAUAGAAAUAUAAGCAAAUUAAUAAAGUGAAGGUAAAUAGAUAUAUGCAAAAGUUACGUUGACGCUCACUAAGUUUGAAGUUCGUUUAAUGAAACAGUGAUUUAUACGUGAUUUAUUACUGGUCCGAUGAUUUCUAAAAAUCAAGAAUCCUACGAGAUGGCUAAGAUUUCUAUUUUGAUCGCAUUGUUACCGCAGUUUUGCUCGAUCAUUCAAGGAUUAGCCCCAUGUAUUGAUUACUACACAUAUAUAGCCAAACAAGGAACAAAUGAAAUAUUGGGAGAGAUCACAAUCCAAUCUCCAUCUCCAAAACUUCCUCCAUAUGAUUUGCAAGUGGGCUUUAAUACGGACUCUUGCUUACAUACAAAGGAACCUGUUGCUCAACUACAGUUGGCACAAUCGAUACCAGAAGCCAUUCAAGCUGUUCAGCAAGGAAAGUCUUUGUUAUAUCAUGUUCAUUUUCCCUUGGGCCAACCAAUUCCAAGACUAACCAAAAUACUGUUUAAUAAUCAACAGAUUUGUCCGAGCUUUGAAAAAAUAGAAACUAUCACAACUACUAAAGAAAUACGACUACUUACAUAUAACUCGACAAACGAAGAGUCAUUUUCAAUGGCGGAAACUAACAACGAAAACUCAAGCUUACCUAGAAUAGAAGACAAUAGAAGAGACCCAUCAAAUACUACUGACGGAACUAGUAACAAUGAAUGCGGUAUCAGCAAUUAUACCGACCGCAAAAAUCUUCUAGUCAUUAACGGAGAAGAGACAAAACCGGGUCAGUGGCCGUGGCUAGUGGCACUCUUCGUUGUAAGAAAAGACCAUGAAUUUAGGUGUUGUGGUUCUGUUCUGUCAACCAAACAUAUUUUAACAGCGGCGCAUUGCUUAAAGUUGAAUUUUUCCAGUAACUUUGAUAUACCUCCCAACGUAUUAAUAGUGGCUUUAGGACGAUUUAAUUUGCGCCAGUGGCGUGAGAGAGGAACUAUAAAUCGGGAGGUCGCAAGUUACACGAUACAUCCCGAUUACACUAACAAGGAUUCCGGCGAUUCCGAUCUGGCGAUUUUGAUACUCAGAACAGCCGUCGAGUAUAGCCAUUUUAUCAAACCUAUUUGCUUAUGGAUUGGUUCGAACAAUCUCGAUGAGAUUGUCAACAGAAUAGGAUACGUUGUAGGAUGGGGUCAAGACGAAUUUGGUAAUCCUUAUACCGCGGAACCACGAAUGGCGAGAGUUCCGAUUGUGAGUGAGGUAACUUGUCUCAGGAGUCACCCAAUUUUCCUUACUCUUACCUCGGAGCGCACUUUUUGCGCUGGUUUACGAUAUCAAAGUCCUUGCAAUGGUGACAGCGGGAGCGGAUUGAUGCUUUACGACUCUUCUACAGGCCGUUAUCGUUUGCGUGGCGUCGUUUCGCGGUCAAUAAUUGGCAAUGAUUUUUUGUGUGAUCUCCAGAGAUACAUUGUCUACGUCGAUGUGGCCAAAUAUAUACCCUGGAUUCAAGAGCAGAUCUCUACUACGUAAUUCUGAUCUCUUACCUUGUACAAAAUACAAGGUGUGUUAGAAGAUAAGUUUUUAAGGUUUAUUUGAAAUUAUGGUAUUUACAUUCGGCGUAAAGAUUGAAGAGAGUUACAAGUUUGAUUUUUUACGAUAAGAAAGAUUGAAAUUGUGCAAAUACCUAGAAGAGAUAAAUUAUAGAGAUAAAUAAAGCUGACGAUUAUUUA